AUGGGGCUCCCCGUGCCAAACGAGAAUGUGCCCUCUAUUCCUGCCGACGAGGCGCUUCAGGCUCUCGUGAAAUCCACAUAUACCAGCUCGAGUUUGCAUUUUUACCUGAACGGCACCAGGGUCGAGUUGCAAAAUCCCAACCCUCACUGGACUUUGCUGGACUUUAUCAGGUCGCAGCGUGGGCUGAAGGGAACCAAGUUGGGGUGUGGCGAGGGCGGCUGUGGGGCUUGUACGGUGGUGCUUCAAGUAAGAGACGCUAAGAAUGCGAAGAGAAUCAAGCAUCUGUCGAUAAACGCUUGCUUGUAUCCUUUGGUGGGAGUUGUUGGGAAACAUGUCAUUACCGUCGAAGGGCUGGGGAGCGUUGAGAAACCUCAUCCAUUGCAGGAACGGAUGGGAAAACUUCAUGGCUCCCAGUGUGGGUUCUGCACGCCCGGUAUAGUAAUGUCGCUGUAUGCCAUUAUCCGAAAUGCGUAUGAUCCAGAAACCGGCAAGUUUUCGUUAUCUGAAAAUGAUAUUGAAACGAAAGGGCAUCUGGAUGGGAACCUGUGUCGUUGUACGGGAUAUAAGCCGAUUAUCCAAGCCGCUAAGACAUUCAUCAUUGAGGACCUUAGGGGCCAGCUGGCGGAAGGCGAGAAGUCUUCUCUGGUUGAAAAGGAAAAGGACAGCGAUAGCCAGGAUGCGACGUAUCUACAAGCCCAAUUUGCUGGGGCCUCCAAGCUGUCGAGUCGCUCGUGCGGAAGACCCGGGGGAUGUUGUCGUGAUAACCCGCAGAUGAAAUCCUGCUCCUCAGACUCUGAAGGGUCCUAUGCCACCUCGGAAGAGGACAACAAAAGCUCGAAGAGCAGUCUCUCUGAAGACAUCCAGUCGCCUGCCGCAAAGCCUAUCCCUCAGAUUAAAUUCACUGAGUAUUGUCCUUCUUCAGAGUUGAUAUAUCCUCCAGCACUCUCGAAAUUUGUCGACUCCCCCAUAUGCUAUGGUGAUGAGAAGAAAAUAUGGCUCCGGCCAACAACUUUGCAACAACUGAUUGACAUCAUGACUGCGUAUCCGUCUGCAACUAUCGUUAGUGGUGCAAGUGAGAUCCAAGUUGAGAUACGUUUUAAGGGCUCACAAUUCGCCGUUUCUGUGUUUGUUUCAGACAUCAAAGAGCUAACCACACUGUCUGUUCCCACCGAUUUGUCUAAAAUGAACGAACUUGUCAUCGGUGGGAAUACGUCUUUGACUGAAGUUGAAGAUACUUGUUAUGACCUUUGCUCAAAGCUGGGACAAAGGGGCUCCGUUUUUAGGGCCAUGGCGAAGGUUCUAAGAUAUUUUGCCGGUCGCCAAAUCCGAAAUGCUGCUUCACUCGCUGGAAAUAUUGCAACGGCGUCCCCUAUAUCAGAUAUGAACCCGGUCCUUCUUGCUGUUAAUGCAACUGUCGUCGUCCGGUCUGCGAAGGAGGAGCAUUCCAUUCCAAUGGUGUCGAUGUUCCGUGGGUACCGAAAGACAGCGAUACCACAGGGUGGUAUCGUCACUCAUAUUCGCAUCCCCGCCCCCCCCGAGGGUGUGCGCGAGAUCACGAAAUCUUAUAAACAAGCCAAACGAAAGGACGACGACAUUGCUAUUGUCACAGCCGGCUUCCGCGUUCGAUUAGGUGACGAUGAUACUGUUAAAGAUGUCUCGCUGGCAUAUGGCGGAAUGGCUCCAAUGACGGUUUUGGCAACACAAACUAUCAAAUAUUUGAUAGGAAAAAAAUGGACCACACCUGAAACCCUUGAAGGAGCACUUCAAACUUUGAUCGAGGAUUUCCAACUUCCUUAUAGUGUCCCAGGAGGCAUGGCUGUCUAUCGCAGGACGUUAGCUUUGUCUCUUUUCUUCCGUUUCUGGCAUGAAGUGAUUGCCGACUUCAAGCUUGGAGAAGUGGAUAGCGGACUUGUUGAGGAAAUCCAUCGUGGUGUCACCUCGGGAUCAAGAGAUAACUAUAACCCACACGAACAACGCGUUGUUGGCAAGCAAAUUCCACAUCUGGGAGGUUUGAAACAUGCUACUGGAGAGGCAGAAUAUGUCGAUGACAUGCCUCAUUAUGAAAAUGAGUUAUAUGGGGCACUGGUUCUGUCGGGAAGAGCCCAUGCAAAGGUCGUCUCCGUGGACUGGACUCCGGCUCUUGCUCCUGGCUUAGCCCUUGGAUAUGUGGACAGACACAACGUUGAUCCUGAAAUGAAUUUUUGGGGAUCCAUAGUAAAGGACGAGCCCUUCUUCGCGCUCGAUGAGGUGCACUCACACGGCCAGCCAAUUGGAUUGGUGUACGCAGAGACUGCGCUGAAGGCACAAGCUGCCGCAAAAGCUGUCAAGGUCGUUUAUGAGGAUUUGCCUGCUAUCCUGACUAUCGACGAAGCCAUCGCAGCCAAUAGCUUUUUCAAGCACGGGAAGGACCUUCGCAAGGGAGCUCCUCCGGAAAAAAUGGCGGAGGUAUUCGCGAAAUGUGACAGAGUCUUUGAGGGAACUACUAGGUGUGGAGGCCAGGAGCAUUUUUACCUGGAGACAAACGCUGCCUUAGUUAUUCCUCACGCUGAGGAUGGCACGAUGGAUGUUUGGUCCUCGACUCAAAAUACGAUGGAGACGCAGGAAUUUGUCAGUCGCGUUACGGGAGUUCCGAGCAAUCGCAUCAAUGCAAGGGUGAAACGGAUGGGAGGUGCCUUCGGAGGAAAAGAGUCUCGAAGCGUCCAACUAGCAUGUAUUCUUGCUGUAGCUGCGAAAAAAGAACGACGACCCAUGCGUGGCAUGCUGAACCGUGAUGAGGAUAUGAUGACGAGCGGACAACGGAAUCCAAUUAUGUGCCGCUGGAAGGUUGGAGUUAUGAACGAUGGAAAGCUCGUGGCCAUCGAUGCGGACUGUUACGCAAAUGCCGGAUACUCCCUAGAUAUGAGCGGAGCUGUCAUGGAUCGCUGCUGCACCCACCUUGACAACUGCUAUAAGUUCCCCAAUGCUCAUAUUCGCGGGUGGGUAUGCAAGACCAACACAGUCACAAACACGGCUUUCAGAGGCUUUGGUGGUCCACAGGCUAUGUUUAUUGCUGAAAGUUACAUGUAUGCCAUUGCGGAGGGCCUGGGCAUGUCAGUCGAUGAGCUUCGCUGGAAAAAUUUAUAUAAACAAGGACAGCGGACCCCGUUCCACCAAAUUAUCGACGAAGACUGGCAUAUUCCCAUGCUUCUUGAGCAAGUCCGAAAGGAAGCCAGAUAUGACGAGCGCAAGGCUGAAAUUGCCAAAUUCAAUGCCAGAAACAAGUGGAAGAAACGUGGUAUCUGUAUGAUACCCACUAAAUUUGGUCUUUCGUUCGCCACAGCAAUCCAUCUUAACCAGGCCAGCGCAUCCGUGAAACUGUAUACUGAUGGCUCCGUCCUACUCAGCCAUGGCGGAACGGAAAUGGGACAGGGCCUGUACACCAAGAUGUGUCAAGUUGCAGCUCAGGAAUUGAACGCACCUUUGGAGUCCAUUUAUACACUGGACACGGCAACAUAUCAGAUUGCUAACGCUUCUCCCACGGCUGCAUCGUCUGGAAGUGAUCUCAAUGGCAUGGCAGUGAAGAAUGCCUGCGACCAGCUCAACGAACGUCUCAAGCCCUACUGGGACAAGUUUGGCAGGGAUGCUCCGCUAUCAAAGAUUGCACAUGCUGCGUAUAGAGAUCGGGUAAAUCUUGUUGCGACUGGUUUCUGGAAAAUGCCCAAGAUUGGCCAUCUAUGGGGUGAUUACAAUCCGGCAACCGUCAAGCCGAUGUAUUACUACUUCACUCAGGGAGUGGCUUGUACCGAGGUUGAACUCGACCUUCUUACGGGAGACCACAUCGUCCGACGCACCGAUAUUAAAAUGGAUGUCGGUCGUUCAAUUAACCCAGCCAUUGAUUAUGGGCAGGUGGAAGGAGCCUUUGUCCAAGGUCAAGGGCUAUUCAGCAUUGAAGAGUCACUCUGGGACAGCAAAACCGGCUAUCUGGCAACACGCGGCCCUGGCACGUACAAGAUCCCCAGCUUCAGUGACAUCCCGCAGGAAUUCAAUGUCAGCUUCCUACAGGGAGUAUCAUGGAAACACCUCCGGUCCAUUCAGAGUAGUAAAGGCAUCGGAGAGCCACCGCUGUUUUUAGGUGCCACUGUCCUGUUCGCGCUGAGGGAUGCACUGCUCAGUGCCAGAAAGGAUAAUGGGGUUACCGAACCGUUGAUGCUGGACAGUCCAGCAACGGCGGAGAGGUUGAGAUUGGCUGUUGGGGAUCGAUUGGUGAAGAUGGCUGACGUGGUGAAAAAGGAAGGAGAGAAGACUUUCUUCGUUGCUAUUUCUUAA